ACAGAGAGUUUUGCUCACUAAUCUGUGAAUGUCCUCGCUCCGAUUUGCUUUGGUGUGUGCACAUAUUGGCUACAUUUGCUCUUUGCAAGUACGCAAGACACUUAGAUAGCACCGCGCUUUAUCCGCAGGCGUGAAGCAUGGGUUCGGUUCUCCAACAACCGGGGCCUACAGGGGAAGACUCCAUGGCAGCUACGAAACAUGGUUGUUUGCUCUUUACAUUUCAAGGCGUCAGCUUUCCUGCGGCCUGGAUACCUACGCCACAAUGCAGUGCCGACUGUGCUUGCCCCUGAAGAAACGACACGUGGCGAAGUUUCAAGCGAGAGCUGUACAGUUUCUGCAGUGGCAAAUGGAAGGAGUUCUCCAGCCCCACCGACCUACCGAUACCCGGGCCGCUCGGACUCCCAGAGUUCCUGUGGCAUUCCUGACGACCAGUCUUCCGAAAUGGAACUGUCCUUAGAAGAAGGGAGGAGUUCUCUAUCUUCAUCGAGCUGCACAUCCUCCAGCCGCCCAGACUCGGAGAGUUCCUGUGGCAUUCCUGACGACCAGUCUUCCGAAAUCGGGCUGUCCCUGGAAGAAGAGGGAUGUUCGUCAGCUUCAUGGGACCACACAUAUUCCUGUCUCCCACUAGAGAACAGUCCACUCGAGGCUCAUGGUAAGUGA